GGCUUUGCUCGUGGAUGACUGUCAUCUGGCGUUUGCUCUUCGCUUGAACAGAUGUGGUCAGGCAGUGGAUUUUUCUGAGCGCGGCGCUGCACUGCCCCGAGAGAUGGAAAAAAACUGAGUUUAGAAAACGGGGAGGAGCGACGGCAUCACAUGCAUGGCUGAGAGAGGAGGAGGAUUUCUGUUCUCCUGUACGGACACUUCAUCAAUUUAGGCGUCAUUUAACAGUGGGCUGUUUAGGAUAUUUAGUUUAACGCUCUUCCUCCGUCCGUUAGAGUCGCGCUGUGAGGAGGACUUGUCCCCCCCCCAGUUAGCUUGUUUGCUACUUACUCCGGCUGCAUGGCCAGCUAGCACAAUAAAGCUAACUACCGUUAGCUUCUGUUUUCAGUUCACCGCCCUGACCCGGCGAAGUGAAGAGACGAGGAGGGUAAUGGCAAGAGUUUACUCGGAUAGCCCUUUCAGAAGAAACAACGACUAACCAGACCAAACCAGCCCAGAUUUCUUUAGUUCUUUGAUUCACCGUUGCUGACAGAUCCUGAAUCAUGACGGUUGUUGGUGUUACUAUAAUCCCCACCAUGGUGCAGAAGUACCAGUCACCUGUGCGGGUGUACAAGCAUCCCUUUGAGCUGGUGAUGGAGGCCUAUGAGCGCCGGUUCCCCACCUGCCACCUUAUCCCCAUGUUUGUGGCAAGUGACGUGGUGGAAGAGGAGACCAGCGAGGACGGUUCCACCCACAGGGUUGAGCGCCGCUGUGCCCUGGAUGUUGACGCCCCGCGCCUGCUCAAAAGGAUUGCAGGUGUGGACUAUGUCUACUUCAUCCAGAAAAACACGCUGAACCGUAAAGAGAGAACACUUCACAUCGAGUCCCAUAAUGAGACCUUCUCCAACAGGGUCAUCAUCCAUGAGACCUGCUGCUAUUCGGUUCACCCGGAAAAUGAGGACUGGACGUGUUUUGAGCAGACCGCCAGCCUGGACAUCAAGUCCUUCUUUGGCUUUGAGAGCACUGUGGAAAAGAUUGCCAUGAAGCAGUAUGCCAGCAGUAUCAAAAAGGGAAAAGAAAUCAUAGAGUUCUACCUGAAGGAGCUCGAAGAUGAAGGGAUCACCCAUGUGCCGCGCUGGACUCCCUCCUCCCUUCCCCUGCCUCUCCCUAGGCCAAUCAGUCUCUCCACCAGCCCACUUGUUCUUCCCGAACUUGAGGUCACGCCUGCCGUUUCUAUCCCGCUGCCCACCGACACCAAGGACAGCACCUCUCAGGACGCCAAGCAGGACAGCAGCACCCUUCAGGCAGACAGCCUAACAGAGAUCCUGGCUGGUACACCUGAAGAUAAGUUGGAUGCAGACUAUAUCAAACGUUACCUAGGCGACCUGACCCCCCUGCAGGAGAGCUGCCUGAUCAGACUUCGCAAAUGGCUGCAGGAGACGCACAAGGGAAAGAUCCCUAAGGACGAGCAUAUACUGCGUUUCUUGCGUGCCAGGGACUUCAACAUGGACAAGGCGCGGGAGAUCCUUUGCCAGUCACUGACCUGGAGGAAGCAGCACCAGGUGGACUACCUGCUGGAGACCUGGAGCUCACCACAGGUCCUCCAGGACUACUACACCGGUGGUUGGCACCACCAUGACAGAGAUGGUCGUCCUUUGUACAUCCUGAGGUUGGGCCAGAUGGACACCAAAGGGCUGGUCCGUGCUCUCGGAGAGGAGUCUCUGCUCAGACAUGUGCUGUCUAUUAAUGAGGAGGGUCUGAGACGCUGUGAGGAGAACACCAAGGUGUUUGGUCGACCCAUCAGCUGUUGGACGUGUCUGGUAGAUCUGGAGGGGCUGAACAUGCGUCACCUGUGGCGACCAGGAGUCAAGGCGCUGCUGAGGAUCAUUGAGGUCGUGGAGGCCAACUACCCUGAGACUCUGGGACGGCUGCUUAUCUUGAGAGCUCCCAGAGUUUUCCCUGUCCUCUGGACACUGGUGAGUCCGUUCAUUGAUGAAAACACCCGCAAGAAGUUCCUCAUCUAUGCAGGCAAUGACUAUCAGGGUCCUGGAGGGCUGGUAGACUACAUAGACAAGGAGAUCAUCCCUGACUUUCUGGGAGGAGAGUGUAUGUGUGAGGUACCAGAAGGCGGCCUGGUUCCCAAGUCGAUGUACCGCACAGCUGAGGAGCUCGAGAAUGAAGAUGUUCGCCUGUGGACUGAGACAAUCUACCAAAGCGCCAGCGUCUUCAAGGGAGCUCCACACGAGCUUCUGAUUGAGAUCAUCGACGCCUCCUCAGUCAUCACCUGGGACUUUGACAUGUGCAAAGGUGACGUGGUUUUCAACAUAUACCACUCCAAGCGGGCCCCCCAGCCUCCGCGUAAAGACCCCCUGGGAACCCACGGCAUCACCUCCCCGGGAGGUAACAAUGUCCAGCUUAUUGACAAGUCAUGGACGCUGGGGCAAGAUUACAGCAUGGUGGAGUCCCCGCUCACCUGCAAGGAGGGCGAGAGCGUGCAGGGCUCCCAUAUUACCCGGUGGCCAGGUUUCUAUAUCCUUCAGUGGAAGUUCCACAACAUGCCAGCCUGCUCGGCCACCAACCUGCCCCGAGUGGACGACGUGCUGGCCACCCUGCAGGUCUCCUCGCACAAGUGCAAAGUCAUGUACUACACUGAGGUGUUGGGCUCUGAGGACUUCAGAAUGGCUUGCUGUGAUGUGCAGAGUCUGGGUUCAAUGACCAGCCUGGAAUCAAGCCACAGCGGUUUCUCUCAGCUCAGCGCUGCCACCACCUCCUCCAGUCAAUCACAGUCCAGCUCGAUGAUCUCCAGGUAGAAACUGGAAGCUGAGGACUUCAGUCCCCACAAUCCCCCCUCCACUGCCCUUACCAUCAACACCAAAGCUAACUCUCCUCCUGCCCUUCCUCGUCGUCUUUGUACUCUGUUCCUAUUGCACAGCCAGUCUCUAUGGAACUGAAGCAUGCUUGCACAAACAGAAGACAAAGAAAAAAAAAAAAAAAUCUGAGGCAAAAAGAAAAAAAUAGACUGUGUACAAAUUAAAGGGCUGAUUUUUGCACAAAGGUCAUAUAUUUUUUGUGUCUGGCAUUUCUGCUGGGCAGCAGUUUGAAUCAGAGCAGAAUGUUUGUUUGCGUCGUGUCCCGUGCAGGGUGGAAAGGUUAACGUUCGAGAGAUGAAUCGCGGUGCAUUUGUGGCACUGGAAGCUGAAAAAAGCAAUAUUCUCAUCCUGGGAGCUACGGGACCGGAUGAAGACACUGGAGGCACUGUUACAUAUAUGCAUUUACAUCUACAUACACAGUACUGAGACGACGCAUACCUCAUUCAAGUGCGUUCGCUGAAAAACUGGAUGUGCUACAAACACCACCACAAACACACACAUGGGUGUUUGACGACAUGCAAAAAUUUACAGUGUUUGCCAUAUUACCAGAGGGGUUUCUUCAAUCUGGUGAAUUGUUUAUAGGUCAAGUGUGGGUGGGCGGGGUAAACUCUUAAAUAGACCUGGGUCGAAUAUCAGCUGCAAAUAAUUAGUUUUUCAAACUGCAUGGAGCUACGGACUGGGUGGAGCUUACUGAAUCAUGACAAUGCAGAUGGUGUCAGCAAAGUUGCCAGUUGACGGGAAAAUAACAUUCGGAUAUUUUCCCGUGGCGGUGUGUGAUCUUUCUGUCAUUCACUUUGUUGUCUUAUGUGGGAAACCCCACCCGUCCGUCUCACGAGGGCUUUAUCACACCUUUUAAAAGCAUUUGAAUAUUUGACCUGGGUCUGAGUCUUAGCGAAGUAAUCCGCUAGAAGCAAUAACACGAGUUUGACUUUCUACUGUGUGAAAUAUUUCUAUUUAUCAUUAAGAUGUAUGUGGAGGAUCAUGGGAGCUGAUUGCAGAUGACGUUUUUGUUGUAAGCUGUGUGCAGACAGACAUACAGGCAAACUGAGCCAGUAAACAGCUAAAUUCUGUGGCAACAACAUUAUCAUUUCUGGUCUCUGUUACCAUUCUGUCAGGAGAGAAACAAAAAUAACUCGCCAGAUUUUCUCCUGGACAUGUUUUCUUUUCUUUGGAAUGACCACAGUUGGUUUGCUUCCUGUCCAGCGUCUACACGAUUGAAGAACUGGAGUCAAAAUCAAGUCACGAAGGAGAUGCCUUGUAACUGAUUUGUGAAUGUGCUACUGAUUGGCUAGUGCUCGCUAACCAAUGAAAUGCCUGAAUUUGGAGGGUUGUGUUGUAAUUGGGCAGCCAACUGCCAUCAUUCUCUACUUAUUUUCCAGAGUGAUGUCGAUUUCGGCGUGCAUUAGGGAUGAAUGUUACUUUGCGCCAGUUGACAACAUAUUGAUACUGUACAUGUACUAGUGUUGUUUUGGAGUUUGUUACUGUUUUUUGGAGAUGAGUACUUGAUGGGGUGAAGCAGUGUGGUGUGUUACUGCGUGCUCACGUGGUGAUUAGGUUUACAGAUCUAUUAUUAAAACAAUUAAGAUAUAGCUGUUUUAAGAGUCAUGUGUCAAUAAAUACCAUUUUAGCCUUCGUAAGCAUCACUUUAGAAACGUACCUGCUUUUUUCAAGGUCACUGCUGUAAUAGAUGAGCGAUUGUGAAUUGAAUGAACAUUUCUAAAUGCAAUACAUCCAUGCAACAGUUUUUUUAAAAAUACAGUUUAUUUGGUUGAUAAGCAUUGAUGACUUUGCAUAGAUCUGACCCCCCUGUAGAGGGCAGAAAUGAUCGCCAAGAGUAAUUGCAUGCUGUUGCCAUGGUUACAGCGGACAGCAAAAAGAGAGAAACCCGGAUAAGACCGAGGCUUUCUCCUUACUCCUGAAAAUACUGGCCCUGCCUGUUGUUGUUUUUAAUACAUGAAACUGCUUGUUUUUAACUAUUAAUGAAAGGUGAAGGGUUAACUUGUGGUAACUGUCAUUAACUGCAAUAAGAUGAAAUGUUUUACUGAGAAAAAGGACCUCAGAUUGUGGGCUAUUGAGUGUGUAUGAUGGUGUUAAAGAGUGAAUGUUAGAAACAGUGGGGAUAAAUUAUAUGCCUGUAAAAUGUGUGUAAACACUCCCUCUGCCCCUCACGGUAGGUGUGUUUCUCUACUCGGCCUCUUCUCACUUUCUGAAGCAUGCCUACAACCACACAACUAACUUUCCUUCCCCUGGUUAUUCCUUCAGGAGGUUUCCAUUUAAUGGUUCGACUAAUGAUGAAACAAGUAACAUCAGUCCCAGACCUAACUACUCUUAUACUUCCUUUUUUCUCUCUUUCCUCUUACUCUUCGUCACUUGUACACUCCAGUUUUGCUGUUUUGCUUUCAAACACUUUUCAUUGUGUAUAUCUUAGAAAGCAGAGUGGACCUUGAUUGAAGCCAUAGGCAUAAAGAAGUGUACUCAGAUCAGAUGUUUUAGUUUCCUUUACAUUUAAAUUCAGUGUUAGUAAUACCAGAAAAAUUCCAUGGUCUGCCGUCUCCUGCCUCUCUAACUUUAACUCUUAGUGUGUACACUUUUCAUCAAGAUCUCAUUGACAAAUGAGGGCUAUAACUGUUUGUCUUGUCUGUUCAUCACAUUUGUCUGUCUCUCUGCUUCCUUUUCUGACAUCGUUGCAUAUCUUCUCUUUACCUUGAUGUGAGGAAUUAUGUAAAAAGUAUAUGUUUGAAUUAAUGAGAAUAUGGCGCCUUUUACUUUUUUUUGAAAACAUUAAACUUGAAUUAUGGGGAAAUACA